AUGUGGAUCUCUUCGAGACCUCGAACGGGAAUCAGAGUGGAUGGACAACCGAUAGAACUCGUCGAUAAGUUCUGUUACCUGGGCUGUACGCUGAAGAACAACGGCAGCUACGAGAGAGAUGUUCAGCAAAGAUGCGCUAAGGCUACUUCUGCAUUUAACUCAUUAACGAAAUGCCUGUGGUCGACCCCCAUCAGCAACCAAUUCACGCUGCGAGUCUGCCUAUCCGCAAUUCGCCCUAUCAUGAUGCACGGACCGGAGGCUUGGGCAGCACCAUCACCGGUUAUGGAGAGGCUUGAUUGCACGGAACGAAAGCCGCUUAGACGGCUACUUGGCUACUUUUGGCCUAGGAGACCGGCAAAUCGCCUUGUUCAACGAGUUCUGAGGAGUUUGCCGGGUACAAGCUGGAACAAGCCAUCUAGCCAAAAACGGAAGUUCUGGACUGAGGUGGCGAAAGAGGACCUGAGGACACUCGGCGUGGAUAGGCAGUUCAGGCGAGAUGUAAGUUUUCACAGAAUAUGGAAUAGCGACGAAUGGAUUGAUUCUGUGCAAGCUCUCGCAGAAGAUCGAGAAGGUUGUGCAGAGCUGCGUUCAAGGACGGCACACCUCGGCGAAGAUGCGGCGGACCUAGAUAAGCACAACGGCUCUGACGACGGCAACGACGCCGAAACGCUAACCGUAAUAAAUAGUGAACGGUCGGUAGGGCGCCGUGCUGAGAGGGAAUGUUCCGCUCCAGUCAUCAUCUCCUAG